AUGCCUCUAACUACACCCAGCAGACUGCACAGCUACGAAAUAAAUUUCGAUUAUAAUCCCGAAACAAACAGAUACUUUCAGUGGAUAGUGUACACAGAUGGUUCUAAGCAAGAGUGCGGAGUGGGAGCUGGUGUGUGCAUUCAAAACAACAACAACAAUAAGACAAUAUAUCAGGCCAGAUUAAAACUUGCUAAACAUUGUAGCAUUACGCAAGCUGAACUAUGGGCCACGUACAAAGCAAUCACCCAAAUAAAAGAUAACUUAAAUAAAUACAAAGGUAACAUAAAAUUCCUUAUUGACAGUAAGGUAGUCCUUCAUGUCUUGGCAAAAACUGAAAACAUCACGCUACUGGGCGAAGAAGUUAUUAAAGUAGCACAAUAUCUCAGUACUACCCGCAAUAUUCAAUUCAGUUGGAUACCAGCUCAUAAAGGUCAUAAAGGAAACGAACUGGCCGAUUCUUUGGCCAAAAUGGCUGGUACUCUCAAGACACAGGAUACAUAUACCACGUUACCAAAAUCAACACUGAAAAAUUACUUAAACGAAUGGGCACUACUUGAAUGGCAGGAAAAUUGGAAUAAUUCUACAACGGGGAGACUUUGCCACCAGUUUAUUCCCUCUAUUACUAAUCGCAUCAAGGCUAAUUACUACAAACCUAGAUCCGAAACCACCCAAUGUUUAACGGGGCACGGCAAUUUUAUGGCCUACCUCUACCGCUUCAAGAAGAGAAAUACUGAUAAAUGCCGGUGCGACAAUAAUAGUGUAGGAGAUGCCAUUCAUUUUAUAUUCCACUGUGAACGAUAUGAGGAUCAACGCAUUCCAUUCCAUAGGGAAUGCCUUCAAGAAGGUCAUAAUUGGCCACCGACACUACAAAACAUUUUUGAUAAGAAAAAUCUCUGGAAGUGUUUUGAAAGGUUUAUUGAAAGCACCAGGGCUGCCAGACUUCUACAGGAAAGAAAAAAUUCUUGA